AUUCCUGAUCCCUGAUUCCUUGAUCCUUGGUCCCGCCAUGGGAGCCUGAGCGCCCCCCAUUCCCCCCGGCCCCCUGCCCCCGGGGCCUUGAGGGGGAAGAGGCAGCGGUCUGGGACGGAGAGGGGGUGACCAGACUCAGGAGCCCCCCUUAACAUCCCCCCAUCGUCCGCGCUGCCCGUCCGGGAGCGCGGAGUUCGGAGCGACCCGGAGCGCUGCGGAUACAAAGGCGCCGGGCCGAGCGGGGCGCCCGCCGAGCCCACCCGGCAGUUCGCAGCGGCGGGAGCGUCGCUUGAUUUUCUCUGAGACAAGCCCACCCGUCCAGCAAAAUAGAGUCCCUCAGGGUGACGGUUGAUUUCCUGAAGGUGCCCCUUGGCCUGAAGAAGCCGGUGCUGAAGGAGGUGGCUGUGGGGCCCCCCAGAAGGCCCCAUCCUGUGGCCCUGGAGCGCUACAAGGCACGGCGUUCAGACGCCAUGGACACCGAGUCCCAGUACUCGGGCUAUUCCUACAAGUCGGGCCACUCCCGCAGCUCCCGCAAGCACAGGGACCGCCGGGACCGACACCGCUCUAAGAGCCGAGAUGGGAGCCGUGGGGACAAGUCGGUGACAAUCCAGGCCCCAGGGGAACCCCUGCUGGACAACGAGUCCACGCGAGGGGAUGAGCGGGACGACAACUGGGGGGAGACGACAACGGUAGUCACGGGCACCUCAGAGCACAGCAUCUCCCACGAUGACCUCACACGCAUCGCCAAGGACAUGGAGGACAGUGUCCCGCUGGACUGCUCCCGUCACCUGGGUGUGGCGGUGGGGGCCACGCUGGCGCUGCUCUCCUUCCUCACGCCACUGGCUUUCCUGCUGCUGCCCCCACUGCUGUGGCGGGAGGAGCUGGAGCCAUGCGGGACAGCCUGUGAGGGCCUCUUCAUCUCCGUGGCCUUCAAGCUGCUCAUCCUGCUGCUGGGCAGCUGGGCCCUGUUCUUCCGCCGGCCCAAGGCCUCGCUGCCCCGCGUCUUCGUGCUGCGCGCCCUGCUCAUGGUGCUCGUCUUCCUGCUCGUCGUCUCCUACUGGCUCUUCUACGGCGUGCGCAUCCUGGACGCCCGGGAGCGCAGCUACCAGGGCGUGGUGCAGUUCGCCGUGUCUCUGGUGGAUGCCCUGCUCUUCGUGCACUACCUGGCAGUAGUCCUGCUGGAGCUGCGCCAGCUGCAGCCUCAGUUCACGCUCAAGGUAGUGCGCUCCACUGAUGGGGCCAGCCGCUUCUACAACGUCGGCCAUCUCAGCAUCCAGCGCGUGGCAGUGUGGAUCCUGGAGAAGUAUUACCAUGACUUCCCUGUCUACAACCCUGCCCUCCUCAACCUGCCCAAGUCCGUCCUGGCCAAGAAAGUGUCUGGCUUCAAGGUGUAUUCCCUUGGAGAGGAAAACAGCACCAACAACUCCACGGGCCAGUCCCGGGCUGUGAUUGCAGCAGCGGCUCGGAGGCGGGACAACAGCCACAACGAGUACUACUACGAGGAGGCCGAGCACGAGCGGAGGGUGCGCAAGCGGAGGGCCAGGCUUGUGGUGGCGGUGGAGGAGGCCUUCACUCACAUUAAGCGGCUGCAGGAGGAGGAGCAGAAGAACCCCAGGGAGGUGAUGGACCCCCGGGAGGCCGCCCAGGCCAUCUUCGCAUCCAUGGCCCGGGCCAUGCAGAAGUACCUUCGGACCACCAAGCAGCAACCUUACCACACCAUGGAGAGCAUCCUGCAGCACCUUGAAUUCUGCAUCACACAUGACAUGACGCCCAAGGCCUUUCUGGAGCGGUACCUGGCGGCCGGACCCACCAUCCAGUACCACAAGGAACGCUGGCUGGCCAAACAGUGGACACUGGUGAGCGAGGAGCCGGUGACCAAUGGGCUCAAGGAUGGCAUUGUUUUCCUUUUAAAACGCCAGGACUUCAGCCUGGUGGUCAGCACCAAGAAGGUCCCAUUCUUCAAACUCUCUGAGGAAUUUGUGGAUCCCAAGUCGCACAAGUUUGUCAUGAGGCUGCAGUCUGAGACCUCGGUGUGACUGUGCAACAGCAGGGGGAACGGGAGACGCGGGGGGCUCCUGAGGGUGGUGGGCAGGGGCUUGGCUCCCAGGCCACAUUCCUGCUGCCCUUCUUCUUCUUGCUCUUGGUUUUUUUACUUGAAUUUACUUACCCCCCUCUCUGACUCCUCCCCUCUUCCUUAUUGACCCCAUAUGAACCUGGAGAGACCAUCCUGCUGUCAACAGUAUCUGGGAAGUCCCCUCUCUUUUUUCCACCCCCUCACUUUUGUAUCACUCCAGGCCCUGCAGGAAUCAGUGCCUCUCUCCCUCUUUUCCCAGAUGACAGUUCUUCUGAAAGGGCACAGGGCCCUCGUGAGCCCCCACUCGCGAACCCCGGUUCUUGUGGCAGGUCUGUCCGGUGGCCCCCCACUGGGUGUCUCUGUGGGGCACAGACAUGACUCCAGAGAGCCAUGGUGCCAAACUCCUCCCAGGCAGUGGCUUCCCGCGGCAUCCAGAUGGCGGGGGAAUCCGGCCCUCCUGCCCACUCACCCCCGCCGUAACAAACCCUGAGUUCUGGGACAGCUCUCCCGCGUCCUCCCACACAGCCUCAGAGUCAGGGGUCUCCCUGCAGGGGUUGUUUGUUUCCAGCUGUUGGAUCCUCCUUCCCC